GAUUUAAUGAUUAUUCUUGAGCCUAUAUAUCAUGCAACUGUAAUGCUAUCAUCUUCAGUAUUUCCUACUCAAGGUGACCUAUGUAUUAUAUUUUAUAGUCUCCUCAGGCAUUUGGCUAAAUAUACAAAUCUAGAACUUAUCACUCAAUCUGCAGUGGCCAAUGCAAUUAAGAUAAAACUUGCAUUAUAUUGGUGCUAUAUAAAUAGGAUGUCAAUAAUUUCAGAUCUUUUUGACCUAUAUACCAAACUUGAAACUUAUGAAUUAGAGGAUCGUGAAAUAGCAAUUAGUACACUUUAUCAAAUAUUUAAAAUAUAUAAACCAGAUGAAAAUAAUCUAUUACUACUACCAACUAAAAUAAUUACCAAUAAAUCAGCUCGAAGCUUCUUUUGUAGGCUUAUUACCAACUGCAUAACUUAUACUGAUCCAAAUGAAAUUGUAAAAUAUUUGGAAGAACCCAAUACAGAAUUAAAAAGUCUUCAGCAAGAUAAUAAAAAUAAUGAAGCUGAUAAAGUCAAUAAAAAUAAUGAAACUGAUAAAGUCAAUAAAAAUAAUAAAGCCAAUAAA